UUUGUAUUUGUUUAUUGUCAUCUCUGGAGUAUUUACGGAAGGACGCAUAAUAACAAAGAAUAGUAAACAUUUAAAUUGGACAUAUAUUCAAGAGUAGAAAUGGCAGAAAUGGAAUGCCAAAGUAUUAAAAUGUCUAUCAGCGAGGAAGCACAAACGGUAACCCGUAAGGAAUGUGGAAAGAGAGGACGGAAACCUGGAAGAAAGACAUCGACAGAAAAAUUGGAUAUAAAAGCCAAACUGGAACGCAGCCGACAAAGUGCUAGGGAAUGCCGGGCACGGAAGAAGCUGCGCUACCAGUACCUUGAGGAAUUAGUUGCGGAUAGGGAGAAAGCCGUUGUUGCAUUGCGUGCUGAACUGGAGCGCGUCGCUAAUACAAUGGAAUAGACAAUUGAAUGAAAACGUCAUACCAAAUAACAAUGACCAGUUGCUUCAGGAUAUCGGCAUUCUUAAACAAGAAUAGCAUACAUGUACUUUCCUUUUUCCCAAAAUAAAAGUUAAUUUGUUCUCUUAUAAUAAUAAAUAUACUGAUAAGUCUA